UUGCGGUGUUUACGUGGCAAGGAUGUUCAUUAAAAUUACGAGGAAAAAAAGGAAUUAGUUAUAUAUCCAAAGAGACACCAAUGAUGUUUUAUUUAAAUUGYCAUGCAUCAUUAGAACAACUACGAGUAAAAUCAGAUAUUGAAAAGACAAGAGGUCCUGUUACAAUGGUGGUUGGUCCGACUGAUGUGGGUAAAUCUACUCUUUGUAGAAUACUACUGAACUAUAGUGCACGAAUGAAUUCUCUUGGACGUAGACCCAUAUAUGUUGAUUUGGACCCGGGUCAGGGACAGAUAUCAGUUCCAGGAACCAUUGGAGCAGUCAUGGUAGAAAGGCCAGCUGAAGUAGAAGAAAGUUUUUCCCAAGCAGCUCCACUAGUCUAUCACUAUGGACAUACAAAUAUGAGUGUUAACUCAACUUUGUACAACACUUUAAUAUCUCGUAUGGCAGAAGUCAUUCAUCAACGAAUGGAUGAAAAUCCUAGAAUUAAAUGUUCUGGAUUAAUAAUUAACACAUGUGGUUGGGUAAAAGGCAAAGGUUACCAGCAUUUGACUCACAUUGCACUAGCUUUUGAAGUUGAUGUUAUUCUUGUACUCGAUCAAGAACGAUUAUACAAUGAACUAGUGAGAGAUAUGCCUGUAUUUGUUAAAGUUAUUCUUUUACCAAAAAGUGGUGGAGUAGUUGAAAGGAGUGUUAAGUUUAGAUUGGAAGGAAGAGAGGCACGUAUUCGAGAAUACUUUUAUGGUAGUCCUAAGAAUGUACUACAUCCACACACCUGUGAAGUAAGGUUUUCUGACAUAAAAGUGUAUAGAAUUGGAGCGCCACCUAUUCCAAAUACAUUGAUGCCAUUAGACAUGCAAAAAACUGAUUUAGAGACAAAACUUGAACCUGUUACUCCUGGGCCAAAUAUGAUGCACCACGUGUUAGCUUUGAGUUUUAGUACAAUGGUAGAAGAAGACGUUGUUAGGACUAGUGUUGCUGGUUUUGUUUGUGUAACAAAUGUUGAYACCUCACGACAAAUGUUAACUCUAUUGUCACCUCAACCAAAACCUCUGCCUGAAACAAUUUACCUCAUGUCAGAUGUACAGUUCAUGGACAACAAUGCUUGAAGCUAUGUGAUUGAAUUGAGCUGAAAAAAUAUUUUGUGUGUUAAUAUAGAUACUGUUAAUAAUUAUUUUUUUAAUACAUUAUAUAUUUUUCUUUGACUAAGAAUAAUCAAUAAAUCUCAGUGURUGUAAUAUAAUUAUAUUUAUGUUAGAUGUAAUUCACAUACUGAAGUUUAAUAUUUUAUUAAUAUUAAAAGGACUUAUUUAUAAAUAAUAUGGAUAAUUGCACUUGUCAUUAGUGUAAUUACCUAUUUUCUGAGAUAAAUUUUGGUAACCUACAAGUACCCACGCUAAUGUGGAAAAAUACUAUUUUUAAUUAUUUCAAGUAAUAUAAUAUUAUUGUUGUCAUUAAUAAAUGAUGUAAAUCCAUAAAAUAAGUUUACUUAUUUUUCCUACUAUUUAUAUUUAAUUGAGCGAUAAAAUUGUUUGUGAAUUUAUUUU